CACCGCCCACCCGUCGCCGGCUAACAGCUGCCGUGUGUAGGAGUAGAGUGGGUGGCCGUCGAUGCACACUUGCUGAGGCAUGCUAAGGUACCACCCAGACGAUCCGCGAUCUAGUUUGGAGGGCUAUGAAGGGAGCCUGACGCAAGAUGAGGAGGCGGCGCUCGCCGAGCUGCGAUCUGCCGCCCAAGGCUUGGACCUGGGUAUGGUGAGGGGGGCCUACGGACAGGGGUUCGAGGGGGGGGACCACGCGGUGGAGCCCCUGAGGCUGUGCCUCUUGCGGUUCUUGAGGGGGAACGCGUUCGAUGUGAACAAGGCCCUCUCCCAGUUGGAGGAUUGCGUCGAAUACAGGAGGCAACACCCAACGGACAGGCUGCUGUCCAAGUCGCCGCACGACAUAUUGGCGUGCAACUUGGAGGACUUCAACAGCUUCUACCCAAGGUGGCUCAUGGGCUUCGACAAGUUGGGCCGUCCCAUCUUGGCGACCCAGUACGGUUCUCUACGGUUAUGGGAAAUGACGAAGCUCACGACGGUCGAGCGCAUGACCGAGCUGCACGCGCGGGAGCAGGAGCUGCUGCUGCGGGUGCUCCGCAGGCGCACAUUGGAGGGGGGGGGAGGAGAGGGGGCCGCGGCGGAGCGGGCUGGUCAUAUCGUGGACACUGCGGUGGUGGUGAUCGACACAGGCGGGCUCACGUUGCGGCACGUGAGUGGGGUGGGCAGCUUUUCCUGCUCGCUUCUUUUUUGUUACAUAGUCGCUUGUUGGCUGAUUUUUGGCGCUCCGCUGUAAGUGGGGGUAGUGUCAUGGCCACCACCUCAAGGCGAAAGGGACUGGGUGCUACAUGUACAACAUUUUUGUAGAGUUUCAUACGACGAAGACUGAUGUCGUGGCUGUUAUUGUUGCUUUUUUUCUGGCUGAUGAUGAUCAAAUCUUCCCGGUGAUGUCGCAGGCCAUUGCUGAAGGGUAAUUCGAGGGGAUUUGUACGCCCAAAAACGCUAGAGGCGUGUAUGACACAAGGGAGAUGGUUUUUGGAUAUCUAGGGCGCCCCUUGUGCAGCAUACCGGCGCAUGUUUCCCCCCCCAAGCUCUAGCCUUGUGAAUAUGAACACGAUGAAAGUGCGGCUUGGAUAAUUUGAAAAUUAUAUCUACAAGUUCAAAGGUAUUGGAAAACACCUGCACCAUCGAGCCUCGUAGCAAAAACGGUGAGUUCUCGUAUGUGUUCACCGUAGACGAGUGUCGCUCCUUCCUCUUUACGAAGUACGUUCUCAUCCUCCUUUCUCUUGACGAAAUAUGUUC